AUGAACGACCCACAGCUUAAUAACCUUCUCAAAUGGGGCAUUCAGAACUCCGAUGCCUCGCGCAACGACCCUUCGACCGCACCACAGCCCUUGUCGGAAGUCGACAAGGAAGCGCUGCAACAACUCAUAGCAGGAGUAAGAGGUCCGUCGGACGCGGACCUUAUGCAAGACUCUUUUCAAGUCAUUGAGAACAACGAAGCUACGGCAGAAGCCAAGCACCAAGCCUUCGAGAACUUCGAGCAGCUCAUCCAGGGUAUCGACAACGCCAACAAUAUGGAGGCAUUGGGACUUUGGACCAAAUUGAUUAAGCAGCUCGAGAGCGAGGAUCCGGUCAUCAGAAAGUGGGCUGCUUGGUGUUGCAGUACCGCCGUGCAGAACAAUGUCCGCUCUCAAGAACGACUUCUCGUGCUCAAAAACGCAAUCCCUACCCUCGUGCGUCUUGCGACUUCGGAUCCUGACAAGACAGCGCGUAAGAAGGCCACCAGCGCUCUCUCCUCAGCUGUGCGCAAUUUCCAACCCGGCCUCGAUGCUGUACUUGAGCACAUGCCUGCUGAACACAAGCCCAAAGAGGCUCUCGAUGCCAACGAUAUGGCUUCGGUCGACAUACUCAUCAACAAACUCAGAGAGAGCAUAUAA